AUGCUCACUAACCCCUGGAUUAUCUGCAUCCUCGUUUUCGCCCUCGUUCUCUCCACAACCGAUGCUCGAAUUUCAACUGAAAAACGAUUCGUACGAUACAUUCCGAGUAAUCAAAUUCGUGGGCAAUCUGAUAAAACUUUUCGACGUUCGAGACGAGAUUUCGAUCCACAGACAUCUCCAUUGAAUACAAUUCGAUCGGCUCUACAAUGGAGACCAAACAGUCAGCAGCCACAAGGACAAGUUUUUAUUAAAUAA